AUGCAUUUAUGCAGGAGAGACUUUACAGCAUAUGCAGAUGUGUGCUUCAGAGAGUUUGGUGAUAGGGUUUUGCGUUGGACUACUUUAAAUGAGGCCAAUGUGUUUGUAUUAGGAGGCUAUGAUCUUGGGGUUCUGCCACCAUGGCGAUGCUCUCUUCCAUUUAAUUGUUCGAAAGGCAACUCAUCAACUGAACCAUAUAUGGCAGUUCACAAUAUCUUAUUGGCACAUGCAGCAGUGGCAAGACUAUACAAGAAAAAGUACCAGGACAAGCAGCAGGGAUUCAUAGGGAUCAACCUCCUCAACAAUUGGUUUUUACCCUUAACAAACACCACAGAAGACAAAAUUGCAGUUCAGAGAGCCAAUGAUAUGUAUCUUGGUUGGUUCAUGCAUCCCCUGGUAUACGGAGACUAUCCUAGCUCAAUAAAGAAGAAUGCUGGUUCAAGGCUUCCAGCCUUCACCAAUCGUCAGUCCAAGAGGGUAAAAGCAUUCGAGUUCAAUGCAUCAACAUUUGAGUUUCCCAUCACACCUUGGGGCCUCAAAGGGUUGCUACAGUAUUUAAAGGAAACUUAUGGAAGCCCUCCUAUUUACAUCCACGAAAAUGGUCAAAGGAUGCGACGCAAUUCUUUGUUGGAAGACUGGCGAACGGUGAAAUCUCUGAAUGCAUACAUUGGAAGUGUGCUUGAAGCCAUAAGGAGUGGAUCGGAUACAAGAGGCUAUUUCACAUGGUCUAUCUUAGAUGUAUUUGAAUUGCAAGAUGGCUAUGAAUCCAGCUUUGGCCUGUACUAUGUAGAUUUGGAUGGUCCUGAUUUAACAAGGUACCCUAAGCUUUCUGCUAAGUGGUAUGCUUAA